AUGAAGCUGGAGAUGAUGGACAAGGGUGUAUCACCUGAUGCUGUUACCUAUUCAUCACUCAUUCAAGGUGUCUGUCAGCAAAGAAGACUAGGUGAAUCUUGUGAUCUAUUCCAAGAAAUGUUGAGUAUGGGUGUGCCUCCUGAUGAAUUUACAUACACAACAUUGAUCAAUGCUUACUGUGUGGAAGGGGAUUUAAAUAAGGCUCUUCAUUUGAAUGAUGAAAUGAUACAAAAAUGA